AUGGCAUACGACAACAACGUUGAUCUCUGUACUCAUUUAUCACUUGCUAGGUGUCCUUGUAAUACAAUGGUGUGUACCCAUUUGUCACUUGGUAAGUGUCAUUGCAACACAACCAAUGAAGAUGUCUUUGUUUCUUUAACCAAGAAGAGGAAGAUUUCUGAAGAAACCUCUGUUGCUGCAAGAAAGAAGGUUUGUGGAGAGAGAAGUUGGGGUUACUCAACCGAUUUGAUGUUUUGUGAUGAUCCCUGGAAGAUCAAGAAAGUCCUCAUUUGCAGUGAUCUUGGCAACAUGAGCAGGCUCUUGCUCCCUAAAGAUUUGGCUGAGAAUUUGGUGGUUCCGGUGUUGGAUGGUGAUGUUGAAAAAGGUGUUCAAGUUGAGAUUUGGGAUGUGGACACUGCCUCCAUUCAUUCUUUAGUUUUCAAGAAAUGGGUUUCUUCAAGAAGCUAUGUUUUCAUUGGGAAUUGGGUUAAAGAUUUUGUAUCAAGAAGAGGCUUAAAGAAAGGGGAUGAGAUAGGCCUUCAUUGGGAUCCAUACAAUAAUCGCUUUGAUUUCUCUGUUCUUGAUGCCAUUUAG